AUGAGCCCCUCGGUGCUCGGAGAAGGCGAACCAGUGUCCGGAAGUGAAUUGGGAGCCGAGUUCGUGCAACGUCGAAUGUCGCGUAACAUGGGUCCUGCCAGUGCCCAAUCCAUACUAACAAAGCCCGUUUUGAGACUAGAAGUUGCCCGUGCGAUGGGUACCCGCGACAGCUCCAACCGCCAGUACAGUCAAAAAAAAUCUUGCACAGUUGAUCGAUCAGAAGGCAGUAGCAUGGUGAAGCAACAUAAGGGCAACCGCGACGGUCCCACCGUGAAGAACACCGAUGUGUUUAAUCGCAAUGCACAUAAGCUUCUGCGAAGCUUGAGUGGACCAUAUACUGUAGGCGCGUCAAAGGCUCGAGAUGUGCAUGACCCUGCAAAGUUCAAACACGAGUGUGGGCUUCUGAUCGGUCCCGAGACGGCCCCAAAAGACGGAAGUGUACAUGUCAUGUCGCAAGUACCGCGGCAUUGGCAUCCAGACUCGCUGAGAGACCUCGGCGACAGCAAAGUUCUCGGACUCGGACUUGACGUCAGGAAUGACAGGGACAGGAAGGAGCUCCUUAUACACGAGGUGGUACAACAGGAUUUCUCGGACUUCCUUAUCAGCCUCGGCCUUGGCAAGGUGUCGGGCAGACUCGAUAGCGUGCAAGCUCAGAAGUACUCAAAGAUGAAAGACAAAUUGAAGGCAAAGCCAAAAUUAUUACCGGGAAACUCCGCGAUCCCUAGCAAUUGUCAAAUCAAAGUACUUACUGCAAGUACACCAGAAAAAAGCAUAUUCAUCCUCGAGUGCUCCGCCACUGUCCACAAUCGACCAUUCGACAUUGUUGUCGAAAUAUAUCAUGCAGCCACCACCACUGGUGGUGCAGUGAACUCAGUAUCGACGAAUUUCGAACCUUACGAUGCCCUACUAUGCCUCGCCCGCGGUGGCGGAAAUGGAGAUGAUUCCACACAUCCUUACGGAGAGCGUACGGAAAGCCAUAUGACCGAGAUGACCAUCAAAACGACGGGCGCAACCCUCUCUUCCCCCCACGCCGUUGUCACCGCCGGGAUCUCCAACCUUACACAACCUUAAAUUCGACGUGAGUCUGUGUUGUUGAUCAAGAGUCUAAUAAUACCCGAUCUAUCCAUCAGUUGAGGGCCUGGGAGACAGAUCCUCUGUGGACCGCCGAAUCUUUUGCGUGGACUCUAAGUGACAGUGUGGGCAAUGGGAGAAUAGAAAUUAUCAACAAUUGUACGUGAUCUGUAUACCUAUGAGAAGGGAGGGCAUAACACUGCCCCUUGCCUGAGAAUCCUCGUUGAACGACUUGGGUGUUCAGUGAUGAUAUUCUUGGGCAACUGUCAUUCCACGUCGACGAUUACUGGUGCGGACACUUGGGGGGGCGCAGUAACAGCACCUCCGACUUGAGUUUCUCGGUACCUUAUUUUGAUACCAAGAUCGGUUUCAGCGUCUUUAUUAUUAUCAUAUCUGGAAGAUCAUGCAAUCAUGCGAGCUAUUCAAUUGUUUUGGUCACCCCGAAAUUGAG